CUUAGACCCUUCUCAAUCUUCGACAAAUCUCAUGAGAUCCCGACCUACACCCUCAAGAUGAGCUCUGUCAAUUUGCACGGGAGAUACAUUCCCAUCCCCACUCAAUUCCAAGUCUAUCAGUCUUAUACGGUAGAUCCACAAUGGCAAAUCACAUUCACCAUCAUAUGGACUUCCAUCCUAGUCUUUACAACCCUCCUCUCCCUCCCUUAUGCCUUCCGAGCCGUCGGUACCGGACGUUGGUGGCAAGCAUGGUCUAUCACUGAAUCUGAUACCCCUUCUCGAUCGUCUGUAGUAGAAGAACACGUCGAACCCGCUCCAAUACCCGAAACCAACUUCUUCUCACGUAGCUUAAAUGCCGGAUAUGCUGUAUGGCAAAGUGCGGCUUUGUUCACACCGCCUCUACCUAGCUUGAGAGUUUGGAAAUACCAAGUGGCGGAUUGUUGUCGACGAGCAUACUUUUCGUUAUCCUUUUCUCAGAUUUUCAUCGUUUUGGCCUACACGGGUAUAGUCAUUGCUUGUAUUGUAAAAGGGGUCGAUCUUACUUCAAAUUCCAACCGUGCUGGCUUCGUGGGACUCGCCACUUUACCCGUCAUUUUGACAUUGUCGCUCAAAUCACCCCUUCCAGUACCUGUCUUCCUCCCCACACUAUCCUACGAGCAUUACAACUUUCUCCAUCGAUGGGCUGGCCGAGUUCUCUUCCUUGCAGUCACCAUUCAUGGUUCUUUAUGGAUCAAUCAAUUCAUAUACUACAAAGAGUACGAUGAACUUUCCGCCGACAAGACUAUCAGAGGUCUAUUGGCGUACGGUUUAUUGGGUGGAAUUGUCAUCACGUCUCUCAAACCUGUCAGACGAUUAUGCUAUCAGGUUUUCUGGAUCGCUCACAUCUCUCUCUUUGUGGGAUUCUUCGCUGCUAUCUGCUACCACACGCCAUAUGCCAUUCCAUGGGUCACGGCAUGUGCGGGUAUAUACGCCUACGACCUUGUGGUCCGCAUGAUUAGAUUCAGGAUCAAAGACGCUAUUCUUGUUCCUGUUGAUAAUACACUGACAAUGGUACAUAUCCCAGAUUGUAACUCCGGGUGGCUACCCACACAACAUGUCAACCUACGUAUCCUCCGUGGAACAGGAUUAUUCGAGUCUCACCCAUUCACAAUCACCAAUGCACCAUCCUCUUCUUCUCGAGGGAUCACUCUUUACGCCAAGGUGGCAGGAGAUUGGACCCGACGGGUACACAAUAUGGCCAGAGAGGUGGUGUUGGAAACUGGGGUGGACGUGGAGGAAACAGAAGCUUUCCUCGCUCGUGACAAAGAAAGUCAAGAUGUGUUGGUUAAUCAUCCCGGUAAACGUGUAUUGUGCAUGCUUGAUGGACCUUAUGGGGGUUUAAAGUUAGAUCUCGGAGCUGUUGAGAGUGUCUUGCUCGUUGGUGGUGGAUCGGGUAUCACUUUUGUCCUCGGUAGCAUCGAAGAAGCUCUAUCAGCGAGGAAAGCAGGUGGGAGAACACGAAAUGUAGAUGUGGCAUGGGUCGUCAGAGAUUUAUCAACCAUACAUGCUCUCGCACCUACUUUAUCACAUUUACGAAAAAGAGCAGAGAUAAUAGGUUUGAGAAUACAAUAUCAAUUAUAUCUCACCGACCCGCCUUCCCCUUUACCACCCAUAUUAGAUUCAUUACGGGAUUGCUCCACCAUAUCACCAUAUCGACCAGAAGUAGCUCAAUUAGUUCGUGCUGCUUUACCUCUUCCAAAUGCCAAAGACGUAGAAGCAGCGUCUGAGAAACAUGGAGGAGGUUUAGCAGUGGUCGCUUGUGGUCCGGAAGGGUUGGUGAUGGAGGGUAAGAAUGCCGUGGCGGGUUUAGGAAUAGGGGAAAGGGUUGCAUGUGGUGGUGUUCAUUUUCAUGCGGAGACUUAUGCUUUGUAAAUGUUGUACAGUAUUAUCAUGAGUAUGGGAGAAUGCAUUGGUGGGAUUAUUCG